CUGCUUUCAAGGCCUCUUCUCGACGAGUGUCAAUUUCAACCUCGCCUCGAUCCCAAGGCCUCUCGCCUCCCCCCCUCGAACUUCCUCUCUUGCCAUCCGGCGACGAUGCAGAUACCUCGGGCCUCCCCAUGCCCGCAUGGCUUCCGGUCUCCAACGUGAUAUUAGUCACGCCAUCUCGGUGCCCAGCCCGACCAGGCAGACGUCGAAAGAGCCCCCGACGACAUGUGGAGUGUGCCGCCGACCUCGCUGCCAGCUACACUCGCACAGGGCGUAUCUCGCCCACCGGAGUCGCCGCGGCGGCGGCAGCGGCGGCGGCGCCACGAAGAAACCUACGGAGCAGCAGCCAGAGGGAACCGGCGAGGACGAUCCACCACCGCCACGCCGCCCGAAGCUGCUCGAGACCAGCUACGCGCGGUCGUAUGCGUACACGAGAACCGUGCCCUCGUUGGGCGCGGGUAGACUGGAUGGGUUCCACGACUUGCCGGUAGCGGGUGGGCAUCAAGCCGAGCUACAUCAAUCCGUUUACAACUUGCUCCAUUCCAAGAUCGGAGCCGCCACCGCGUUCCCCCUGCCCACGGGCCUCGCCGUCAACGAGAUCGGCGGGAGCAUGAUCAUCCCGGUGCUGACGGACGCGUCGCUGUGCCUCAGCGUCCUCGCGGCGUGGAAGGCGGUCCAGUUCCUGAUGGGCCACAUCCCGGCGUUCCCGCACCUCGCGUACGAGGCCCGGGCGCUGCAGUCGCUGCGGCGCCAGUUGCUGGCCCCCGGCGCCGCGGGCGUCACGGACGAGGCCGUCCUGUCGGCCGCCCUGCUCUGGGCCACGGCGACCAUGUUCGCGCAGCCCGAGGCGCUGCGGCGGCACGCGACGGGCGUCCGCGCCCUGGUCGCCGCGCGCGGGGGGCUCGGCGCCAUCGGACGCGGCGGGGCCAUCGGGCAGGCCGCGGCGAUCAGGCAGUUGGUCCUGUGGGCGGACUUCCUCACCGCGCAGUUCCUGGGCGACGACGUCCUCUUCACCGACGACACGGACGCACCCUCAGACCACCCGCGCAUGCCGCCGUCGCUGGUCCGACUGUCGCGCGACAUCACCAUCCCGCGGGGCUUCGACGCCGCCCUGGGCGCCGAGACGCGCCGCGCCGCGCGCGACCUGAAACUGCUGCUCGUCGCCCACGACGCGGCCACGCGCACGGGCCGGCUCUCGAUCGCCGAGUACCAGGCGCUGAUGGGCCUGCUGAACCGCAGCACGGUCGCGCGCAUCCGCCUGGCCCACCGGCUGCGCGGCGCGCGCUCCCUGGACGAGUGCGCCGUGCUGGCCAUGAACCUGCUGCGGCUGACGGCGCUGUUCCACGCCGGCCCGCUGGUCGCCAUCGUGGUGGCCGUCGUCUCGCGCCUGCGCGAGGCCCUGGCCCAUCAGGACCUGGACACUUUUCUCCCCGGCGCCACCACCACCACCACCACCUCCACCUCCACCUCCACCGACGACACUAAUCCUCCCUCAAACUCCGUCGACGUGUACAUCUGGGCCUGCUUCGUCGGGCUGGUCACCCCGUUCGAGAGCGAGAACCGCUCGUACUUUGUCGAGAUGCUCACCGCCGCCUUGUCCGUCAGGUACAGAGACCGAGACGGCGACGGCGACACCGGCUGGUGGGGCUGGCCCGACGACUGGCAGCGGGACACCCUGGCGAUGCUGCGCUCGUUCCUGUGGUCCGACUCGGCCUUGACCCCGCUGUACGCGGCCGCGUGCCAGAUGGUCGAGUCGCAUGUCUUGUCGCCGGCGGGGAGCGGCAGCGGUGGCACUGGCGGCAUUGGCAGUGGCUCUGGCUCUGGCUAUGGCACGGAGGGAUGGGUGUCGAAUCCCGAGUCGGAAGUGGACAAGGUGUCGGGCCGCAAGUGAGAUGACGCUGCUGACCCCUGCCUGAGCCCUAUCUCUACCCGAACAAGGCCAGCCCCCCUGCGAGAGCGGGAAAGAAGGAAAGACAUGAUCGUGGGAGCCCUGUUAUGGCCUUGCUGGCCUAGACGCUCCGAUUCAUGGCUGUCAGGCGGUCAAACGGUCAAGGACACCUAGGUUCCUGGAGAAGGGGUAUCUAUUAAUCGCCAUGUACGAUUUGAAUUUGAGAGGGAUGAGAGCGAAGGCUGCUUCUUAAUCUGGGGGGUCUCUGACUGGGUCUGGGGCUAGGCCUUCUGCGCGUCCCUAAAGGCGUCCCCUCUACCAUGUUUGGUAUCGUGGUUUCGUUUGAGAAUAUAGUAUACCAUAGGAAUAAUUGUCGCCUACCUAGGCACCCUGCAGC